GUCGAAUCUUCUGCGUAGAAACAGCGCUACCCCCCUCAGUCCUCACUGCUACUUCCCGGCAUUUGCUCUCUCGUUUUCUUUCACUUUCCCCUUCAGUUUCUCUGAAAUUGCCCUAAACUCUUCUCCAUCUAAAUAAAGUAACUAGAUAGAUCAGAAAGAUUGCCUUUUGGGUUCUUGAAUUCUUAGCUCAAUUUGCUUAGUUUAGCUUGAUUUGGGCCUUUUUUGGGUCCUUGCGGAAGAUUUAUGUGAGAGGAUAUCAGCUUAUCUGUGCCUUCGGAGCUGAAAUUCAGAGAAAUCUGUUAAGGUUUUCUAUAUUCUACUCAAUUACAUUGGAUUGGAGAUGAUGGGAGGGCAGUGUAGCACGCCUAGCAAAACCAAGGGUGGUGAUACUUCACAAUCAAGUUCCCAAAUCAACAAGGAUGGGUACAAAGUUGAUCUGGAUUCUUACGAGGAAGCUGUUAAGAAUGAUCCGAAGCUACAAUCAUUUGAUACUCAUCUCCAUGAGCGAACCAACCGGGUUAUAAUCUAUCUUGCAUCUGGUGUCGAGAUGAGAUCCUUGUCAUUUGAAUCACUCAAAGAGGUCAUCAAUGCUCUUCUUGAAAUGAACCAAGAAGUGGUCAAAAUAGUGGUAGAAAACAGAACAGAUAUAUGGAAUAGUGAAGACCUAUUUGCUUUGGUGGAGGAGUACUUUGAUAACAGUGUUAAGAUAUUGGAAUUUUGUAAUGCCCUUGAGCAUAGCCUGAAGUGUGCUCGAAACAGCCAAUUGCUCAUUCAAAUUGCUGUUAGGCAGUUUGAUGAAGAAGUGGAAAGACAAGAUGGUGUCGAGGGGAUGAAGUAUACAAGGACAUUGCAAGGACUGCAGAGAUUUAAGGCAGCCGAGGAUCCAUUUACGGAUGAGUUCUUUGCGUUGUUUCAAGCAGUGUAUAAGCAGCAGGUAUCUAUGUUGGAGAAAUUGCAAGUUCGGAAACGAAAGCUUGAUAAGAAAAUGCGUAAAGUUAAAGGAUGGAGGAGGUUGUCAAAUGCUUUAUUUGUUGCUGCUUUUGUGUCCGUUUUGAUUUUCUCUGUGGUGGCAGCUGCUAUUGCUGCACCUCCUGUUGUAACUACUUUGGCUGGUGCAUUAGCAAUUCCAAUUGGGUCCGUGGGAAAAUGGUGCAACAUGCUAUGGACCUGGUAUCAAAAUACACUGAAGGGAGAGAGGGAGGUAUUGAUCUCAAUGGAGAUUGGCACUUGUCUUUCAAGAAAUUACAUGGAAAGUAUACGUGCACUUAUCAACAAACUGGAAAUUAAGAUCAACUCAAUGUUGCAGAACACCGAGUUUGCUCUUGUGGAAGAAGAUGCAGUGAAGUUUGUGAUGGAUGAGAUCAAGAAGGACCUGGAAGUAUUCAUGGAAACCAUUGAGGAUUUAGGUAACCAUGCUGAUAGAUGUAGCCGUCAUAUCAGGCAGGCAAGGACGGUGAUUCUGCAGAAGAUGAUCAACCAAAACAAUAGUUCAAGUAUCCCAUCAAUAUUAGACGCUGUUGGUUGAUUGAAUCGGAUUAUGAUCCGUAAGAUAGAGAUUGAAAGGCUAGAUUUACUUCUGUUUUAUCUAAUGUCUGGUUUAUGUAUUGGAUCAUAGCAGUAUUCAACAAGCAUUGAGCAUUGUUGCUUUUAUGCAAGAAAUAGGAAGUGUAACAAUUGCAGUGCUGGGUGUUUUUUUUUUUUCCUUUUUCCAGAAAUAAGGCUAUACAUUGUUAGUGACUAAUUCUUGAGUUCUAGUACUUUCAUGUUAAA